AUGAGUAUGUUUGUCGCAGUGAUGGUGUUGGGCGAUGGUAGCGCGCGGUGGGCGCUCCAUACAGCGGCGCUGGUGGCCUGCCUGCUGGCGGGCUCGCUGGCGCCCGAGCGGCUGGAGCCCUGCGCCAGCAGCCCACUCUGCUCCUGCCGGGAAGCCCACAUGUCCUGCAUCGCUGUACCAUUACACAGAUUCCCAGAAUGGCCACGUUUAGAGUUACAACAUUUAGACAUAAGUUUAUCAAAUCUGGAAGUGCUGACAGAAAGCGCGCUCGAUGGGUUGAGGCUGCAGACUUUAGUUCUAGUAGCAAAUAAAUUGCAUUACAUCGAACUUCAUUCUUUUAGUUCCAUGGCUACAACGCUGGCCUCCUUAGACCUCGGUUACAACGAAUUCACAGAAAUACCGCAACAAGGAUUGAGAGAUUUAAAAGUUUUAAACUGGUUAAAUCUACAGAAUAAUAACAUAGCUCAUCUUGGACCAGAAAUACGGUGGCACCACUUGGAAGAAACACUGACGAGUUUGUCUUUAAGUAAUAAUCAAAUAACGCAGCUGAAAUCACAGUCUUUGACAUCUCUGUACCGCUUAGUACAAUUAGACCUUGAAGGAAACCAUCUUAGGAGUAUCAGCCCAGACUCCCUCCCAUCAACUGUAAAAAUCCUUAAGCUCUCCAAUAAUUUCCUAUACGAAUUAUCCUGUGAUUUAUUGUUUAAUCUUCCUAAGUUACAAUCCUUACAUGUACGACAUAAUUUUGUUAGAUUUGAUAAUAAUACUUCCUGUGCAAACAGUAAAAACAGGAGAAUUGAAAAGUUAGAUAUAAGUAAUAAUAAAAUUAACGACACUUCGGAAAUUCUCUUGUUCCGGGAAGUUCAAAUUAGGCAAAUAAUUCUAGAUCUUAAUGAACUUACCUUCAUUCCUCGUUUGGUGUUCGCAAAUAACCGAGUUGAGAAAUUGUCAGUCUCGUAUAAUAAAUUAACUUCAAUCCAUCGGGAGCUGUUCUUGUCAUUGAAAAAUUCACUGGAGCAUUUGGAAGUGGAGCACAACAAAUUGUCUCGCUUGCCGGACAGCUUAGGCCAGGUUGCGCGCCUCCGUCAUUUGUCUCUAGCUUACAACCAGCUGGAGGAGUCGCCCCCCCUCCCCAGCCGCAUCCAGACGCUCUCGCUCGCCGGCAACUUUUUAACUUCAAUACCCUCCGCACUUCAAAUGCUAGAGCCGGGAUCCAUUCGUUAUCUCGACUUAAGCUACAACCGGAUAUCUAAUUUGUUGCCAAACGAAUUCCUCGACUGGUCUGCUUCCCUGGGGACUAUCAACUUAAGAGGUAACAGGAUAGCGCAGAUUUAUAAAAACGUUUUUCCUCCGACCAUGCUAGUAAAGGAGAUUAAUUUGAGUUUUAACGAUUUGUACUACAUACACCCGCAAUCUUUCUCUAACAUAACGGGGUCGUUGCACGUUUUGGAGUCCUCCUCUACUUUAUUUAGUGGAUAUUUUCCGUUCGAAAUUGAAGGACUUGAAAAUCUAAGUUUGCUUUCGUUUGAUAAUAAUGAUUUUCAUAUACUAAGAUUAUCGGAUUUAACAACAUUUCCUUUUUUAAAAUACCUUAAUUUAGACUACAAUCGCAUUGUAGAUAUAGUAAUAGAUGAUAGUAAUCAAAAUGUAUCGUUACCUGUAAGCAAUAUAAGACUUGCUUACAAUUUUUUAAGCUCAAUAUAUAGUCGCAUGUUUGCAUAUAUGACCAACUUAAGAAACUUAGAUUUAUCUUAUAACCGAAUCAAUAACUUAACUAAGCACAGUUUCACAAACUUGCCCAACUUGAGAUAUUUAUCUCUUGCGGGCAACAUAAUCGAUUCGAUGGAAGCUGAGACCUUUGCUAAUUUACCGAAACUGGAAAUAUUGGAGCUGCAGGGAAAUAACUUUACGUAUUUAUCACUGAAUUCAUUUUACAACGUCUCUCAUUUGGAUGUAACAUUCACUCUCAAUGUGAGCAGAAACCACUUAAGAUUUAUAGACGGAGAUAAUACAAUUUCUGUUAAUAUACUAGACGGCUCCUACAACGAGUUAUAUGAAGUGCCAAACAACUUUUUCAUAGCGGUUGAAUCUUCAAUUCGGCAAAUUAUCUUGUCCCAUAACAAAAUCACCCACGUGUCUAGUGAAGCUUUUGGUGAUGCAAUACAUUUGGAGAUUUUAGAUUUGCACAAAAAUAGUAUACACACAGUCCGAAGAAAAUCGUUUUCUGAACUUGUGUCGUUGCAAAUAUUAGACCUUUCAUUCAAUGUUAUAUCGCAACUGUCCGUAGAACAAUUUUAUAACUUGAACAAACUAAGAUAUCUUAAGUUAGAUCAUAAUAGUAUAAGAUUACUUCCUAGGGACGUGUUCAAAAACACGAUAAUUGAACAUUUAGAUUUAAGUUAUAAUGACAUAUCUCUGUUUCCCGUCACAGCCCUAUCUCAAAUAGGUUUUACCCUGCGGUUUCUCGAUCUAUCUAACAACCGUAUAGAAUACCUAGACAGUAACAUAUUUCGCAAUACACAAUUCCUAUUAAAUUUAAAUCUAGGCCAUAACUUGCUGACGGUGUUAUCAGAUAACACGUUCUCCAGCGUCGGGGGACUCCGCCGCCUGGACCUCAGCUUCAACUCGAUAAAGGCUAACUUCAAGGAGCUGUUUCAUAACCUUCCGAACUUGAGGCAUUUGAAUCUUGCAAAUGUAAGUUUAAAAUCAGUGCCUUAUCUACCUUUGACAAACUUAACUAGUCUCAAUUUGACUUCAAAUUACAUAAACAGUUUUAAAGAGACUGAUGUGAAGCGGCUAGUGAAUCUUCGCCAUUUAGACCUUAGUCAUAAUCGUCUUACCUCUUUAGUGCCAAAAAUGUGGUUCCACCUAAAUAAUUUAAAUGUUCUUGAUAUCUCAUACAAUCCUAUCGUAAGAAUCACGCCAAAUAGUUUCAAAUGGUUGAGCAACUUAUCUCAUUUAAAUCUAAACGGACUUAAGUACUUAGACAUAGUUGACCAAGAUUCCUUCCGUCCCCUAAUAUCCUUGCGAGUUCUGCAUCUUCAGUCGUGGUCUACAAUAAAUCAUUCCACUUUCCGCAUAUCCAACAUAACAUCUUCCCUUCCCUCUCUGUAUAAAUUAGUAAUAAACUGGGCAGAUGAUAUCAUGGAUACUCAAUUGCAUGGAAUUGACGCAAGAAAUAUAAGAUACUUAGAAAUAAGAGGAGCUAGUCUCCGUAGAAUAGCCGAUGAUGCUUUUGAGCCGUUUACCAACAACCAAGAGAUAUUUAUUAGGAUAACAGCCACCUCCUUGUCGAAGCUGCCGACAGCAUUUAUGAAGCACUUGGGGCAAGUUCCGCAGUUGGGAGUCGACCUAAGUUAUAAUCAAAUCACAACACUGAAUCCGGCUAUUUUCUAUCCAAAUUUCACAAGCUGGAGCCAAGUCGCGACGAAGUUGUUGUCAGGUGGGCUGAUCCUGACUGGAAACCCGCUGCGAUGCGAGUGCGAGCUGGCUUGGCUGGGCGCGUGGCUGCGGCGUUGGCUGCAGGAGAACGACGCCGGCAGCGAGCUGCAGCGCGCCGUGCGGAGCGCCACCUGCAAGGACCAGCUGGGCCGGCGGGUGCCUCUGCUGCAGCUGCGAGCAGACGAAGCAGAAUGCCACGCCAGCGCCCUGUCCAGCGACGCGCAACCGAACUAUACCGAUAUAGUCUAUACGCUUGUCGCUGCUCUAUGGACUCUACUACUCAGAUGAUACCCAAUAAUUUAUGUCGAUUAAAUGUGAAUUUGUAGUGUUAAUUUGUAAAUAAGUUUUAUUCACGACGUCUUUUUAGGGCAUAUUUACGAUUCCAACAAACCGUAGUUGAAUACAAUUUAUACACGGUACAACUUCAAUUAGUUUUGUCGAAGAUCUAGGUAGUGUAACUUAAUGGGAGUAAGUAAAUCUGUAAGAUACCUAUGUGUUAUCGAUUUAAGAAAACGAUACGUUUUAUAUGGUCAAUUUAUUGGUAUCUUUUUUAUAUUUAAUUUAAUAUUUUAGUCCACUUCAA